UCCGUUCGGGUCGGCUCCUCGCGGCGUGCGGACCAUGGCGGCCUGGUCGCGGGCGGUGCGGGGCGUGCUGCUGGACAUCAGCGGGGUGCUGUACGACAGCGGCGGGGACGGCGGCGGGACGCCCAUCGCUGGCUCGGUCGAGGCCGUGAGCAGGAUCAAAGCAUCUGGUCUGAAGCUUCGGUUCUGCACUAAUGAAACCCAAGCGACCCGGGAGAAGUUUGUGAAGAAGCUCCAGGGCCUGGGCUUUGACAUCUCUGUGGCUGAAGUCACUGCCCCAGCACCAGCAGCCUGCCGCAUCUUGAAGGAGCGUGGCUUAAGGCCACACUUGCUUGUGCACAAUGAUCUUGUUCCUGAAUUUGCUGAGCUUGAUAAAGCAAACCCAAACUGUGUGGUUAUUGGAGAUGCAGCAGAGAACUUCACCUAUGCAAACCUUAAUGAAGCUUUCAGAGUUCUCAUUGGGAUGGAGAAGCCUGUUUUGAUCUCCCUUGGAAGAGGACGCUACUAUAAAGAAACCGAUGGUCUGAAACUUGAUGUUGGAGCAUAUAUGAAGGCAUUAGAGUACGCUUGUGAUGUUGAAGCUGAGGUGGUGGGGAAACCAGCAAAGCCAUUUUUUGAGUCAGCCUUAGCAGCAAUGGGAGUUCCACCGCAGCAGGCCAUCAUGAUUGGAGAUGAUAUUGUGAACGAUGUAGGAGGUGCCCAGCAGUGCGGGAUGAGAGCCGUGCAAGUGCGGACAGGGAAGUACAGUUAUCUCCUCCAGACAGGUAUUCAGCACUGAGAUGUCUGAAACGCGUGAGCUGCUUCUCCACUUCUCAUCUAAUCAGAGUGCAGGCUUCAUCUCUUUCAAAUGACCCUUCAAACCCUUCUCCAUGCAGUUGUCUCCAUCAUUCUGUGCUUUCAUUGACCCAAGAGCUACCUCCCUGCAGCUGCUGAUGGGAGACCUGACAGGGCACGGUCCAGGGUUGACUGGUGGAAAAUGAAGCCAUGAUCUCAUGCUCAGGCCAGGUUUGUUUGAGGUCAUCUCAAGGUGACUCUCCAAACGCAAUGAAACAUUGGUCCCUAUGUUUAGUGUCUGGAUUCCAUAACACUCCAAAUCUCCUCUUAACCAUCAUCUCCUCUUAACCAUAACCGGGGCCUUUUUGAGGUAGGUUCAGCAGCACCAUCUGCCAGUUGGUAGAUUUGCAAAUACUGAGAAUGUAAAAGAAGGAUCCUCUUUUUGGGAGGGAUGCAGCGCGUGAGAAUGGUGCUUGCCAUGGGCUAGCUGAAAAGUUACUGCGUUAGUUUUCGAGUAAUCUGUUUCUCAGGUUUCCUUCUAGUUUGUGUGAGGUGAUGAAAUAAUACCCAGUGCCUUAAAUCUGAUGGACC